AUGUCAGGGGAUGACUCCUGGGUCCCCAUGACCCUCCCCAAUGGUCCACAGCCUACUGGUGUAACCAGCCCUAUCCAGGGCACAACCUACUGUGGUGGCCACCAUAUCAGGAAAACUUCCGGGGAUACCCGGAAGUCACAUGAAGGGGUGGAAGCAGGUCCAGAUGCGGGUCCAGGUCCGGGCUUAGUCAGGGUGUGUGCCCUGACAGUCGAUACCCAGGCAGAAGGACCAUCCCUUAAACCUGGGGAUGACCCCAAAGAGGUGUUGACAGGAGGUGAUCCCAUCCCAGAUGCAUCAGGUCAGCAGGCGCCAGAUCCAGUGCUGCCUAUAGACAAGCCACCUGACACAAACACAAAUGAUGCGCCAGAACCAGGCACAUCGACCUUUGCCCCCUCCAGACCCUGGAGACCCUGGAGACUCAUCUGCAGGCCCAAUCCCAUAGUUGUUGAGGCUAUGAACAAAAAACCACCCCCUCCCAAUGGAGAGGGUAUCCAACCUGAUUCUCCGAUUGCAGCUAAUGCACUUGGGACUGCCACUCCCCCACCCCCACUCGAAAGGAUGGGGAUGGACAUCAAAAACAACCCUUGCCAUACAACAGCUUAUGCUGGUCACUGA